GGAUCUCGAAGUCCCGAUUUCCUUCGCAGGGGGCUGACCCCCAAACCACCAAUGAGCCACGUGGAUUUUCCAAGAGCGAACUAACGAUCGAUGCCUCCGGUCCCCGGGAAAGUCUGGAGCGCCUUUUUCAAUUUGAAAGGCGACGAACGAGGAUCGGACAGUCCGUACCGCCUUUGCCUCCUGGCUCCUGCCUUUGGGGUAUCAGAGAGAACAAGAACACAUCACCUUGAUUCGACCAAGUAGAUCAUGAGCGUUGCAAGGGGUGGAGCUGGCGUGGCAAGGCCGGCGCGGAAGAGGAACCCCACCGACCGCUACCUUGGCUGCUUCUCCAAUGUCGAACCGAGCCCGGCGCUCGAUCACCUCGUCCGCUAUCUCUCAACGUGGAGCGGCACUGACAAGGCGCUCAUGAUCACGCAGUACUCUUCCAAGCUUCUCAUUGCUCUCUUGUCGCUGCAACACGCCCUACGCAUUAGGCUGCGCCAUGGUACGAAAGGCUACCACGCUGUGCAUGGGGGGAGCAACGUUGCAAAGAAGGUCGAGAAGCUCGCAGGCAUCGUCUCGGAUGCUAGAGUACUUUAUCGCAUCUGGGGCAUAUUGCCUAUCAUCAAAUGGAUGAUCGCAUUGGAACGAUCACCCCCUCCAACGAGGCUCCUGCACAACAUUGAGCGAAUCCAGGGAUGGUCAAUGCUGCUCUACUGCCCGCUCGAGGCCGUUGCCUAUCUGUCAUCGCACUCCGUCAUCUCCUUGUCGCCCUCUACGCAGAACAAGCUGUGGCUCACCAGUGCGAGAGCCUGGGCACUGUACGUCGGACUUCAGCUUCUUCACCUCGUCGAAGACAACCGGUUGCUUCGCUUGCGCGCACGCGCCCUGGAGAAGACGAGAGGACACCCGUCGCCUCUGCCUAGCAGCACGGUCAGCAAGGGCAAGAAGUCGUCGGAGAAGGAGCUGAGCCAGGACCAGAUUGUGACGAGGAAGAUGUGGGAUGAUCUCGAUGAUCGAAAGGAGGCCAUCCUCAACGAGCUCUGGGUCAACCUGGGCUACCUGCCACUCACAGUACACUGGUCUUGCCCUGCCGGCCUCUUCAACGAAGCGUGGGUGGGUCUUUUUGGAACCAUUGCAGCGUUUGCCGGCUUGCGCUCAGGCUGGAAAGCCACGGCGGCGCCUCCGCCCGACAUCCCGUUGGCCUGAUUGAUGUGGGAAGCUAGACCACUUCAGCUUUUCGCUUGGAGGUGUAUUGUCAUUAAGCUCUUGUACAGUCCGUAGCUGCAGCUGCGCCAAAAUAUAAGAAAACCUGUUGAUAGCUGAGAAAAGCGGCAGAUGAC